CAAUCCCUUCCAUACUGACUCUCCCAAAUCCUUAAAUUAAUAAAGUACAAUUAAUAUAAAAUACAAAAUUAAACACACUUGGUUAAAAAAAGAGAGAACAAAAAAAUCUCAAGCUAAAGUACAAAUCGAUAAAAAAACGCAUAAAAUGUGAAGUUUCACUUAACCCAUAAAAAAAAACAAAUCUUUAAUAAUAAAAAAAACAAGUUGUGCAAUUUAAAAGUGUGCUAAACAGAUUAAAGUGAAAAGUUUCAAAAACAAAGCAAAUUCAUUAAAUAAAUCUACUAAAGAAGUCCAAAGAAAGGAAAAAGAAACGCACGCGAGCCGGUGAAAAACCAAACACAACCCGGAAAAAAAGAAGAACGUCGGUAAAAAGAGGAGAGAGAGAGAGAGAAUUGGAUGAAAAGAAGCGCGAACGCGGACGCAAGCAUAAAGAAAUAAAUAAAUUUUCGCAGAACAAAAGAAAGCCGAAAGUGGUAAAUAAAAGGAAUAUAAAAUAAUUGUAGCAAAACGAUUGGAAGAAGAACGAAAGAGCGAGCGAAAAAGUUUGGGUGAAACGUUUCCUGGACGAAAAUACACACCAACGAUGACACAUCGCUACAGCGAAAACGUCACUGGAGACUAUUUAAAACAUUUCACAGUAAGUCCAUAACACUGAAGAGACCAAAGGAUUCUUUAGUGGUUUCCCCAAAAUGGAAGGUACCCAAUCAUAAAUAAAAUCGUCUAAACAUCGAUAAACAAAAAUUAAAUAAAUAAUUUACAAAAGUAAUAAAAUAUUAAUGAAAAGUGAGUGAAAGUAAAGAGCAAAAGCUAAAAACACUGGCCAGAAAAUAACGCCGAUGGUUUAAAAAGCAAGAAUAAUUGUAAAACAUAUUUUUUAAACCAAACAAAAAAAUAAUAAUAAUACAGAAACCAUCUAAGUUCGGAUAGUGUCGAUUGAGAAAGCAAUAAAUGCUAAAAUGAAAAAUGGUGCUCAAGACUGAUAAAGUGCAAUAAACGGACUAAAUUCUCGAAAUCAGCGCUAAUUAAUUUUAGUAAAUUGUGAAUUAACAAAAAAAAAUUAAUUUCGAUAUUUUACUAAUAUCGAAUGUUCCAUAGUGGAAUAUAAUCGAUGGAUGGACAAGCAAAACAGACAAAGUUGAAAAUCGCCCAAAUGAAAUAAAAAGAACAACAAAAAACAGGCAAAUAAAUAACCAAAAAAAAACAACAAAAAAAAAUAAAAAAAAAACAUUCAGCCACAAUUAUCUCAUGAUACUACUCAUACAUUUUUGAUUUGAAGCGGAUCGUUAUGGUGUGUACAAAGCUCAAAACCAAACAAUAGAACUGGAGUUAAAUUUAAAACUGUGUUUUUUAUUAAUAUGAAUACAUUUACAUUUUCAACACAUAAACACUAAAUAAUAUGUUGCAAUAGCCACAUACAAUAAAUACACGUAACGUUCCGUGCAAUAGUAACUAGAUAUAAACAAUAGGACGGCAAUUUUAAUCAUUUUUUUUAACUAACAAGCCCAGUUAAUUUUCGUUUUUUGAGAUUUUUGUGUGUGAAACAAUAAAAAAAUAAUUUAAAAAAAAUACUCACAAUAAAAAUAUAUAAGACCACCGCGGCUUAACUUAGCGGCGGCAUCAAAUAAACCAACAACAGCUACCAAGCAAACAAACAAAAAAGAAAUAAAAUAAAAUUUUAAAAGAAAGUAAUAAAAAUAAAACAAUCCGGAAAACAGCUCGAAUCAAAUUAAAAUUUAUUCCAAUGACAACCGAUUUUGAGCAGCAUCUAAAUAAUCAAACGGUUGUUUUCAAAAUGGAUACGGAAUUUUUGCAACAAGAAAGCAAACACAUUCCGUUGAGUCCAUCAACCAUAUCGUCAAAUCAUAUGUCGUUGCCAUCGCAAACCAACACCGAUUCGACAACAUUAAAUAGCCUGGCACACAAUGCAAGCAAUUGCGAAAACAAUUUGGUACAUCAGCAACAGCAGAUGUGCCAGAAUUUAUGCAAUCAACAACAGCAGCAACAAUCACAACAACAAUCACAUCUUGAUGGUGUACACAGUAGCAACUCUACUCAUAACAGCAGCAGCAACAACAACAACAAUAACAACGAUGAUGACAAAAAUAACAAUAAUAACAAUGCAAAUGCUGGUCUGAACAUGGCAAAUGGGUAUGAUUUGAAAAGUUUAUGCCAUGGGAAUAGCAUUGACAUUACACUCAGUAACACGGUUCAUGAACUGAAUGUUUUAACAUCCGUAUUGAAUUCACAAAUGCAACUGGUAGUUCAGCAACAACAACAGCAACAACAGCAGCAACAGCAACAACAGCAACAACAACAGCAGCAGCAGCAACAACAACAGCAGCAGCAGCAACAACAGCAACAACAACAACAACAGCAAAAUCAGAAUAUGGGCAUGCAACAAAAUAAUCAACGACAGUCUCCAAUAGAAGCAGUGCAGCAACAAAAUCAAAAGCUUCUCUCUCAACAACCAAUGUCUCCAACAGAUAAACAGCAACUGCAGUUGCAGUUAUCAAGGCCAAAUAGUGCAGCUGCAGCAGCAAUUAGCGAACGCACGCUAGAAGAAUGCUGGUCAACCCUUCAACGAGUGAGUUGGCAUCUCUUCCGUUGUAUUUUCAUGCAUAAGAGUGCAAUGCAAAUGCAACAUGCUCGAGAUCUACAGCGUGGAGUUGGUGCCGGUACAAACAGUGGAAAUAAUUCCAAUGCUGGCGGUUUAGCCGCAGCCAUCAAUCCAAAUAAUAUCAGUGGAUUGCCGGCCAUUAUGGGCGCCAGCGGUGAAAUUAAACCACAUCAAUGUCAACAAUGUCUGAAGAGCUUCUCGUCCAAUCACCAGUUGGUGCAACACAUUCGCGUUCACACCGGCGAAAAACCAUACAAAUGUUCCUAUUGUGAUAGACGAUUCAAGCAAUUGUCGCACGUACAACAACACACACGACUACAUACAGGAGAACGUCCGUACAAGUGUCACUUGCCUGAUUGUGGUCGAGCAUUCAUUCAAUUGUCAAAUUUACAGCAGCAUUUACGAAAUCAUGAUGCUCAGGUGGAACGAGCCAAAAAUCGUCCAUUUCACUGUAAUAUCUGUGGUAAGGGAUUCGCUACAGAGUCCAGCUUAAGGACGCAUACAUCAAAGGAAUUGCAACUACACUUGGGUGUUCUUCAGCAGCAUGCAGCAUUGAUUGGUGGUCCAAAUGCAACGUCUUGCCCAGUUUGCCAUAAACUAUUCUUGGGCGCCGAUGCACUCAUGGAGCACAUGAAACACAGCCACAAAGAACCAACAACAAACAAUACUGCAACAGCCACUCCCUCUGCUGUGCCCCCAUCCCCGACCGAUUUUUUAGGCAAGCGGCGCACUGCCAAUCAUCCGUGUCCUGUGUGUGGAAAGCAUUAUGUGAACGAAGGCUCAUUACGUAAACAUUUGGCAUGCCAUCCAGAAACGUCACAACUGACAACAAGCUUACGCAUGUGGCCAUGCUCAGUAUGUCAAGCUGUCUUUACUCAUGAAUCAGGCCUAUUAACACACAUGGAGCAUAUGAGAAUGGAUCCAAAACAUCAAUUUGCCGCACAGUAUGUGCUAUCACGAGCGGCGGCCGAACGUAGAGAACGCGAUACAUUAUUGGCUGCAGCCGCAGCAGUUUCUGCAUCCGGAUCGGGGCUAUUGGGUCUAUCGAGUGUUGGCCAAAAUUCGAUGUGUCCGUCACCAUCAGCACAAUCGGAUAGCUCUUCAAAUAAUGGUCGAUUAUCAUCAGCCGGAUCUGAAGCGGGUAUUGGUCUCCUCAACAACAAUAACAAUAACAAAUAUAAUGGCCAUUUGAAUCCACAAUAUGAUGACUUGCAUUCGGCCAAUCGAAUGGCACUAAUGACAGAGGCAGCCGUUAAUUUGGCAGCAGCGAUGCGAAUAGGACAGCAACAACAACAGCAACAGCAACAGCAACAACAACAGCAACAGAAUCAACAUCAGCAAAACAAUCAACAAAAUAACCAGCAACAACAUCAGCAAUCAUUGAAUAAUGGUUCAUCGAUGGGAAAUUUGGAUAAUGCAACGAAUUCAUCGCCAUUGAUGGCACCAAAUGAUGCAUCAGCGGCAGCUCAGGCUGCAAUGAAUGCGAUGCGAGUGUCAAUGGCCGAUUCAAUGAUGCGAUCGACAAUGAACAAUAAUAAUUCGGAGUCGAUGCAAUUAAAUCAAUCUCAAAAUCACCUUCAACAUCAUACACAGCAUUCGCCAGAGGCGGCACUACGAAUUCAUCAAGCCGAAGCAAUUCUACGCUCCCAAGCCGAAGCCGCAUUGCGUUUGGCCGUUUCACAAGCAGCCGCCGUUGCUGCAUCCACAACAGCCAAUGCAAACAAUAAUCUUAAUGAUAAUUCACAUAACUCGAACAACAAUACCAACAAUUCCAAUAAUAAUCCGGCGAACAGCAAUGGAAACUCGUCUAAUACAGCCAAUGAACUCAACGUUAACGCUUUGCGACACCACAACGGAUCCUUUAUGCCACAAACUAAUUCAGAUACGUCUGGAGCGCAAAAUCAAAAUCCAUUGAUCGGAAGUCAUCAGCUUGGUCAACAUGUAUCACCUGAACUGAGCGAAGCAUUACGAUUUCAAGAACAACGACUCGAACAGGCGCUUCGACUUCACGGCAACGAUCCACGUGCAUUGGGUUUCGCGCUUGGUAAUCAUCAAGCUCAAGCACAUCCUGGUCACAAUCAAUAAUUACACCGAAACGUAACGAAUUCAUAAGCCACCACCACAUAAAAACGAUGGCUUUCCAGUCCACAAACACACACACAUAUAUAUAUAUUUCUCGGGGAUCGGGCUAAUACCGGGACGAAACUUCAUUGCUAUUUGCUAUAUUAUUGAAAACGAAAAAAAUGAAAACAAAAAAAAAAUCUAAUAAGAAGAUAAUGAACAAAGAGAAAGAAGAGAUACAUUUUAGUCCAUGUUUCCCUUUAAUUUAAUAAUUUUACACGUUAAUUAUAGGCAUUCUUACUAUUAUUGUUACAAUUAUCAUUAAUCAUUAUGGUAAAAAUGACGAAGACAAAAGAUACACACACAAAGAAGAAAGUUGAAAAUAUGCGCGCGAAAUAAAACUUUUAAAACGUAGUCACUGCAAAUUAUGAAUCAGGAAAUAAGGCAUUUAAAGAAAAGCGACGAGAAUAAAAAGUAAAAAUCAUUUUAUUGAAACAAAAAAAAAAGAUGAGUGUUAUACAUCACAAGCUGCCAUAUUAUCAUAAAAGAUUUUUUUUUUUUUUAAUUCAUUUCCUUAAAGUUCAUAAUCACGAAACGAAAAGAGAAGAAAAAAGAUAAUGCAAAAUUUUUACAAAUAACAUACGAUCAUUUGAAUUCUAUAAGAAUAUUUUUAUUUUGUUUUUUCAAAAGGGAUGCACGGUGAUAAAUUAAACCAUUUUUUCGAUUGUUGUUGCGAAUGAACAUUUUCCACACAAAAAAAAACCCAAUCAUAAUGUAUUCCAUAGUCCAAAGCGUUGACAUUGUGCAAAGCACACUACAUUCUUCCGUAUCAUGGUCAAAUAAAGUUACCAUUAAUUGAAAAAAAAAACGAUCAUUUUUUGAAUAAAAAAAAAAUCAGUGUUUUUGUCAACGCCAAAGAAAAAUACGAACCAAGAUUCAAAAGGAACAUAAUAAAAAUGAGUUUAUAGAUUUUUUUUCUGGAAACCAAAAGACUGAUCACAAAAAAAAAAAACAAACUACCUGAAAAGGAGCGAGCCAUCGUUCUUUCAAAACAAACAGAAAAAAAUAGAAGAAAAAUGGUUGCAAAUUGUAGCCAUUUGAUUUUGGUACAUAAUCUCUGAGUUUUUCGCAUUAAAUCGUUCUCGUUUGGCUCUUGAUUCGUGGCAUUCAGGCUAGAAAAAAAAAAUAAAGAAAAACGUCAUGGAAUCCAGUGGAGAAUGUUCGACACACAUACAAGUCAAGAAUUUUGGAUUUUCUAUUCAUUUAACUAUCAUUUUGUGUCAUGUAAAUAAUAGCUAUUAAAAUUAAAGCUCAAUUUUCGAAAAAAAAAAAAAACAAGUCAAGAAAACACAUACACAUUCUAAUAAAUCCGUUGCAUUAAUUUUUUUU